GCUCUCCACGCUGGAAAGGCUGAGUCCUGCAAAAACCAGUGAAAUUACAAAGAGCAGCUCCUUCCUUUCCAAACAAUGAAUAAUUAACCAGAUGGUCCGCCUUUUAUCUGGGUCUGGAGCUGCCUUUCCAACUCUCCAACGAGGGGGAAGUAACCAGCUGGAGGGAAUAGAACUAACAAAAACGUCAUUUUCUCCCACCUGCCCCCACAAAAAACUUUUCCCCAUUCGUUCCCUAGUUGUAAAAUAUUAGCUUUAAUCUGCACCAUGUCUCGCUCAGCGGAUCCAAUCUAUCGAUCGACACUGAAUACCUACCAGAACAUUAUGGAACAGUACAAUCCUGGAUUACAGAAUCUGGUGUUCCUUGGAACCAACUUUGUCCGAGUUUUUAGAAUGUUGGUCACUGCAGCUAAUGAUUACUUCACUGCUGUCGAGAAAUUUGGCGCACAGGCCUUACAGACUUCCACAUCACAGACACUGGGUCAGGUGUUGUUACAGAUGACGGAUACUCAGAGGCAACUCAGCAACAACCUGGAAGUAAUUUUUCGGAGGUUCAAUGAUGAUCUCCUUCGGGAAAUGGACCGUAAUACACAGUUGGACAUGAAGUAUAUAAGUGAAAGCAAACAUCGAUUUGAAAUGGAACAUAGGAACCGGAUUGAGGUUCUGAGUGGGGCGAAUGCUGAGCUCCAGCGAUUGGACAGAAUGAGGAGCUCACAGACCAGGGACAUACAGGAGAGGAUCUACAACCUGGAGUCCAGUCUGGAUUUAUUUCUCCGCAACAGUUACAAGCAGGCCUUGGCUGAGGAGAGACGUCGCUAUCGGUUUCUGGCUGAAAAACACUUCCACCUGUCGUCCCAGUUUCUCAGCUUUUACAACAAGGCUCGUGACGUUCUCCACAGCAAAGUCCCAGGGUGGAGAGAACACACCAGCCCAGCAUCUUCUGGAAACGUCUCUGGCAGAGCGAGCCCACGGCCUUCUUCCAUGAGUGAUGAUAAUGUCUCGAGGUAUAGCUAUGUUCCCAGCCCUCAGCCACCGAGUCGUGAAUUAAAUGGGGCAGAGCUGACCACAUAUCCAUACUCUGACCACAGGCAACUUGAGGAAAGAAAUGCCUUACCGAGAGCAGGCUUUGAGGGGCGUCUGUCAAGGUCUGGCUCACUUGGAGAAAAGAUUAAUGCAACGGUCAAUCCUCGCGUACAAGCCAUUGCCUCUCACUCCGCCGGCAGCAAUAAAACCAUGUUAAGUUUUGAAAGAGGGGAUAUUAUCGCCAUUUUGGUUCCCGAGGCGAGGAAUGGCUGGCUUUAUGGAAAACUGGAAGGCACACCCAAACAGGGCUGGUUCCCAUGCUCAUUCGUUAGGCCUUUGGAAGAAGAGAUACGAAGACGAGAGCCUUCAACCAGACCAUUUCCAAUGCGGAGCAGCCGGAGUGCCGAAGAUCUGCUGGACCCGAAGGACUUUGUGUUGCCGCCUACGGACUACAACAGCGGCCCAACAGCCUCUGUGCCCCCUGCCCCACCUCUGCCAUCCAGCCCCUCCACAAGGAGCCAGAGUCCAGCUCCUCCGAACCUGAGCAGCCGGAGGAACAGUGCGACCAGCCUGGCAGUGUCGGAGAGUGCCCAGAGCAGGAAAUUAAGUAGCUCCGACAGCCAACCAGAGCUCUUCCCAAGGGGAACCAAUCCAUUUGCCACUGUCAAGCUGCGGCCUACUGUUACCAACGACCGUUCGAGACCCUUCGUGCGAUAAAAGUGAACAGUAUGGACAUCUUGAAAAAUCAAAACAAAUUGCACUUUAAACUGCUGGGGGAGAGCAUAAUCAGUAACUGUUGAUUUGUUUUCAAACCUUUUUAGGAACUUCAGAUGCCAGAGGCAAACACAAAUAUCUUGAUUUCCACCGAAAAGCCAUUCAAUAAGAAAUGUUUUAAUGUUUCAGGAAUUUUAAUGAGUAACACACUGGUCACAGUAAACAGACAGUGAAUGAGUCCACUGUCUUCUUCAGUGAGUCUUGAUUCAUUGAAGUCAAAACGUGGGGUGAUGGAAAAGCACAGCUGGUCAGGCAGCAUCCGAGGAGCAGGAGAG